CUGUAUUCACUUCAAGUUGCGCGUGCUAUUUGCUACCUCCAUGGGAAAUCAUUGGUUCACAGAGAUAUAGCGGCUAGGAAUGUUCUGGUUUCGACGCCAAAAUGUGUCAAGUUGACUGACUUUGGCUUGAGUCGAGCUCUUGAUUAUGAUGCAAUUUAUACAGGUGGGAAAAAGAUCGCGACUAUGGAUCGACUUGCAGGCGUAUGUGUUUGGGAGAUUCUUUCCUGGGGAGCUAAGCCAUGGCAAGGUGUUCCGAAUGCCGAUGUGAUCACAAGAGUUGAAGCAGGAACUCGACUUCCCUGUCCAGACUCCUGCCCCAUUGCCCUGUACAAUUAUUUGGAACUAAUUGUUUGGGCUUUACAACCAGCUAAGCGGCCAGCUGCCAAGGAAAUCGUAUCAGUAAUGGAGUCAAUCCAUGACCAGCUGAAAAAGCAUGUUCCACCGAAAGAAAUACAC